AUGGGUUUUCUCCUCGGAGUCGCCCUCACGGCGCUCCUGGCGAGCUCGUCCGUUAAUGCUGGUUCUCUCAAGGAUAUUGAGCAUGUCGUGAUCUUCAUGCAGGAGAAUCGAGCUCAGGAUACGUACUAUGGCACCAUGGCCGGUGUUCGUGGCUUCGCCGAUCCUAACGUCCAGAUCAACCCCGAUGGACAAUCUGUUUGGAAUCAAACUGUUGAUCCUAACAUGUCCGACCGAUCCAGCGGUCUGUUUCCCUUCUACCUCGGUUGGAAGGGCGGCGAGACUCUGGAUGCCAUCCAGUGCAUGGCGGCCGGCGACAACGGCUACCAUGCUAAUCAGGCUGCUUACAACCACGGUCUGAACAAUGCUUGGGCCACUAAGAACACGCCAUGGAGCUGGGGCUACUACAAGCGCGAAGAUAUUCCUGCCCAGUUUGCCAUUGCUGAAGGAUGGACUUCGGCCGAUAUGUAUCAGGAAUCUCAAAUCACUGCUACCAACCCCAACCGCGUGACUCUAAUCAGUGGCUCUAUCAAUGUCCCGGGGGGCCCUCAAUCGCCUGACCAGGGCGGCGUUUACAUUGACAACAAUGAAAUGCCUGGUUGUGAAAAGCCGGGUGUCAGCUGCUAUCCCCUCAAGUGGAAGACCAUCUUCGAGUUCUAUGAGGAUGCCGGUCAGUUUCAACAAGCUAAGAAGGGCCACCCUCUUGCUGAUAAAGGAAUGUCUUUUGUGGGACUCGAGAAGUUCUACGAGGAUGCUGCCAACGGCACUCUUCCCAGAGUCAGCUUCAUCGUCGGCCCUACUGAGCUCUCUGAGCAUCCCCCCUACCGACCAAUGGACGGUGGCUGGCUGCAGAAAAGAAUUACCGAUGCCGUGACAAGCAGCCCCAAGUACUCUUCGACUCUGCUGAUGAUCAGCUUUGACGAAACUGGUGGCUUUGGUGAUCAUGUAACACCUUUCCACUCGCCCCAAGGCACGGCUGGGGAGUGGAUGGCAGACCCAUAUGGAGACUUUGGUGAUGUUUUUUCAGGGCCCGGCUUCCGUGUUCCUUUUAUCAUGGUCUCUCCGUGGACUCGUGGUGGCCGUGUCUUCACUGAACGUUGCGAUCACAAUUCACAAAUUAUGUUCAUUGAGCAGUGGUUGACUGCUCUCGGCUACUCGGGUGUUCAGACUGACCAAAUGGUGCCAUGGCGUCGUGCUCACAUGUCCAACCUGAUCGGCGCUCUGGAUCUUGAUCACCCCGAUUAUUCCCUACCCAAUCUUCCGGAUAUCCCGCUCUCCGGAGACCGAUGGAAAUGGCAACUUUGUGGGCACAUCGCGCUGCCAAUCGCGGCACAGUCAGACACGCCCUCCCGUUCCGAUGGCUACAAGGAGGUUGUAGGAUAUCUGACUGAAGGCCGUUAUUUGGUCUUCAGUAAGAAUGGCUACGCUCUGCGAGGACAAAACAAGAGAUGGGACCUCGACACAGGUAAACCAGGUCAUCUUUACGACAAGAAGGAAGACCGCUGGAUCCUCCAUUACACCGAAGAUGAAGAGAGCGAGAUCUUCACACUCGAGAACGCACUUGACGGUCGCUGGCUUGGACCUCGUGGAGAAUUGCAAGCCCCGGAGGCCCGAAGCUCUGCUUCACAGAUCCGCAUUACUUUCCUCGGAAAUGGUCUGGGUUACACUCUGCGGUACAUCGAGGGUGGCGAUUAUCUCGACAUUGACAGCUUGGGUAACCUCGUCCUGCACAAUUCAGAUAGUGGAUUGGACCAGGGAUUCAGUGUCGUCAGUGUGACCUAUCACGACUAA